AAGACAGAAAAAAAGACAUUGAAAUGCGUUUCGUGGAGAGGCGUAUAUUAUAUUCAGUAUUCAGUCGAAAACGUGUCGGGGUCGCGUUAUUAUAUUAUUAUAUUUUUUUUUCCCCGCCGGACUCUGUAUACACGCUGGCACAAUGCAUCCGUCAGGGUCCCGUCGCGGGGGUGGACGUUAUACGUGUAUAGAGAUGGUCUUUUAUAAAUACGUACCUGCGCAGCUCACUAUAUUAUGUUAUAUAGCCAUAUAGGCAAUAUAUAUAUUAUAUUAUAGUAUGUAGGUACCACGUACAACACGUCUUAAACUCAUAUUAUAUAUUAUAUACCCGGUAUAAUGUGUUUGGAUAUUAUAAAAUAUAUAGAGUUAGGUGGGUAGGCUGCAGUUAUAUUAUAUAGGUAGAGGUAGGACAUACCUUUAUAGUUUAUAGGUAUAUCGCGGUUGUAAAAUAGGACGUAUAAUAUAAUAAUAAUAUGAAAUGUAUACUGUACAUGUGGAACUAAUAUAAUAUGCUACUAAUAAAGUCAUUGCCGCCGCCGACGAAAACGUAAAUGUAAUUAAGGCGCCAUGUGCUCGCGCGAUCGAUUGUGGUGAAUUCCUAUCGCUUGUCGUUUCUUUAUUUUUUCUUCUCAGUCGGAGCCAUCUUCGAUUUUUUUUUAUUAUUAUUAUUUAUUCGAAUCCGAACAAUACACCGCGUCGUCUGCGUCGGUUUCUAUCUGUUGUAACACAAACGCAUACACACACACACACACACACACACAUACACAUAUUAUACUAUUGGUCCGGAUGCGCGUUUGUAUUCGUUAUAAUAUUAUUAUUAUCAUUAUGCAGGUAUCUAUACACUACCCGGCGCGCGAGUUUUCUUUUGUUUCUUUGGCAUAGUUGAAAUUCGACUGCUGGCAACAAUAAUAAUAAUAAUACAUCUUGCGCCUAUAAUAUAUCUGUAUCUCUAUCACACGCACACGCACACAUCUACGUACGUCCAUCUCUCGGCGCGUAUAUCGUAUAAUAUAAUCUCGUGCUAUAGGUAGACUCGUCGUCGGAUAGGUCGGAUAUUAUAAUCCGCCUAUAAUUUGAAGCCUAGGCGUAUGAUUACACGGUGGGUGUUUUUCGUUUGCUAUAGGUAGGUUACCUAUAAUAUACCUUUGUGCGUGUAUAUUACGAUGUUAUAUACCUCGAUCUGCUGCUGCGGCGGGCUCUCUCCUUCGGGGCCGGUCGACGGAGACGAUGAUCGCGCGACGACGAUGAUGACUUUAUCAGCGGUGAGAGGAUGAGCAGUCGCGUUGCAUGUAAGUACGCGUUUGGGCGUGUGUGUGUGUGUGUGUGCGUGUGCGUGUGUAGGUGUGUAGGUGUGUGUAUGUGUGUACGCGCGCGCGCAAGGCAGUUCGUUGCACCGCCGCCGUUGUUGUUGCGUAGUAAUAUAUAUACACACAGACUCACGCACGCGCGCCAGAUCGAGUGUACAAGUACAAGUUAAUAAAGACAUUAGCGCACACGGCCGUUGUUAUGUGCAUAUGUGUGCGCGCGCGCGUAUGUGUGUGUGUUUGUGAGUACGCGCGCGCGUUAGGGUUAGACCUUGAACAUCCUCCAUCGGCGCAGCCUCCACGAAUUCUUGUACGUCGUACGCGCGUUUCCUCUAUAUUAUUUAGGCGGGUACCCAUCGUGUACAUAUAUAUAUAUAGUCUGUCCGUAUUUUUUUUUUUGUUACUACCCUAUUUUUUGUUCCUUAUUAACGCUCGGCUCGGAUCGGUAUAUUUUCGUAUUUUUAUUAUAUUUUUAGGAUCGGUGCGCGUAUCGCCGCCGUACGAUACAUAUUAUGUAAUACAUUAUCGUAAUGCAUACCGCGUAGCCAGGCGUGCUGCACGUCACGCCGCAGCGCGGGGUCGAAAACAGCGAUGGCAUUAUUCCUCGGGACGGUUACAUAUUUUUUUUUUUAAUUUUUUUUUUCUUAUAACGGUAAACGGCGGGAACUUAAAACACCAUCGACCGUCAUAUAUGCCGCGCAUAUAAUAUUAUUACGAUGACCGCGUUAUCUUUUGAGUCUUAAAUAUAAGACCCUCUGCACCCUACAAUAAUAUAUUUAUAAUUCGUAUAAUCUAUGCACGCGUAUCGAUCGCGCAAUUAAUACAAUAUCAUCAUGAAGGGUAUUAUAUUAUAUUGUACAUUGUAACCGUACGGUUGUAUAUUAUUAUUAUUAUAUGCUGAUAUAGUAAUGCGUGUAUUAUUAUCGUAUACAAUUCGUAAUAAUUGGCAUGAUGGUUUUUUGUUUUCGGAACGAUUAUUAUUAAGCCAAUACGGCGAGCUUUUCUCGUAUAAAUUAUUCGCAUUACACACAAGCCCCGAGGGAUUCCAACAAAGUAUUUCACCGAACUCGUGUACUUGCGGACAUUGAUGACAACUUUAAUUUUCUCCGCACAGACAAUGUUAUCAAAUAUACGCUAAUCGGCGUAUAAAACGGCGCUCUGGGCGAUAAUGUACUUAAUAAUAUUAAUUGCAUAUUAAUGCGCCAACUGCGGGACGCAUCGUUUACAGCGAGUGCGAAAAACACAAACCUCAAUUAUACUAUUAUUUGCGAGGGAUAGACGAUUGCCACCGUCGUCCUCCUCAACCCUCGGAAUAAAUAAAGCAGCUAUCGUCACUGUUGUUUAUAAAACAAUAACGGUUUUCCUCUUCUAUUUAUUGUAAAUAAUUAUAAUAUUAUACGGGGCUAUUGGACGCAGUCGACAGACUCGCCGCGAUAACGAGGAUCGUCUCAAUUAGUCAAUUAGCCACCAUACACCUAUAUAAUAUUAUACACAUAACAUUAUAUAGGUAUAGUGUGUACCAUGCGUUAACAUCAUAAACACGUUGCGUGUGCGAGUGUAUAAUAUACAGUAAUUAUUGUUAUAAUAAUUUAUCGUACGCAUAUUAAAAUAUUAUUAUCGUAUGGAAACGUUCAUCGACGUGCGUGUUUGGCGGCGCGCUUUUACGAGGAUUUUCUGUACAAGACGUCCCCAGACGCAUGCGACGGGAGUGCGGUGUUGGUAAAAAUUUGAUCUAGAGUCUAUAAUAUAGGAGAUCUAGUCGACUGCGGCGGCGGCGGUGGUUACUGGUUAACCGCGCGUAAACGGUUCAAACGUUCGAUAUUACAUUGUCCAUAAUAUAUAUUGUAAUAUUAUAAAUUAUAAUAUUAUUAUGCGCAUAAACUGAUAUACCAAGACGGCUAGACGUAUUUUAUUAUUAUUAUUAUUAUAUCGUCGUCACAACUCACCGAAUUAAGCAUUAUAUUUACAAAGUAUACAUGGCACACUCCAUGUAUGUUAUGUAUAUAAGUUAGUAGAUAGUUACAAUGUAUAUAUUAUGAUUUAAUAUACGUUAUUUACGUGUGCUGCACUAAAUAAUAGUACGCGAUGAUGAUGAUGAUGAUUGCGACUGUGGAAACCGCACACGCCAUUAUAAUAUUAUAGUAAUUAAACGAAUUAAUACCGACUCGCAACUAAUAGUAUAAUAAAUAUAUCUUUCCAGCUAUAAUGAUAAUAUUACGAUAAACAGCAACGGUGAUAUUCUUUCAUAUUAUGUAAAUCUGAUGGAAAUAAUAACACAUAUGAGUGGGUAAUAUAAUAUAUAUUAUAUUAUGUUAUUAUAAUAUUCCGUAUAUUAUUAUAUUGUGAGAUGGACAUUGUCUGGGAAUAAGAAGACGUAGGUAUUUUACCAUCCAGUGAUUACUACAAGAUUAUCGAUCUAGGCAUCGGGACGAGAAAUGUACAUUCGUCUACGAUUCACAAAAUACCGCAAGUGCAUGAGUGUGUAACGAUUGUUGUACGACUUAGAAACUACACUCGUAAUGCAUUAAAAUAAUAAUAAUGUCAUCUAGUCCAUUUAACCGUUGCGGUAUACUUUCCCGUCGAUAUAAUAUUUAAAUGUCUGAGGAGAUACGACGAUAUUAUUAUAAAUUAUGAUAAUAAUAUUCAAAUCCGAGAGUGUUUUCCAGUUCAUCGCGCAUACCCCUAUCUAUACAUAUUAUUAUACGAUCGUCAUCAGUGAGUUGUACGACGUCAAUAAUCAACAUCCGAAGUUGAUUGGUGCGAACUAAGUACUGCUGCAGUGUAAAGGUACGGUUUCCCUUGCGCGAUCGCGAACGCGAUCUGCGUUCUAAGAUCGCGCGUCCCGAUCGCGCGACUGCUGAUACAAUGUAAAUUAAUAGCGUUGGUUUCCCCUGCGCGAUCGCGGUCGGCGAUCUAAAUUUGUUCGCGGCGCGAACGCGAACUGACUGGUCUCCGAGCAGACAAAUCGCGUUCGCACCGCGAUCGAUGUGUUGUUUUGAUGAUAUUAUUUAAUAUUAAUAAUAUGCAACUCAUUUAUGAUUGAACACUCGUUGACAUCGGUCGUUCAAAACAUGAGUUCUUCAAUGGUAAAAUUUACUAAGGAGCAAGACGAGAUAUUGGUUGAAUCUGUAGCUAAACACCCCCCAAUUUAUAAUCCCCAAAGCAAAGAUUAUAAAGAUUUGAACAUACGGGAUGCAAUUUGGAAAGAUAUAAGUUGCAACGUUGGACGAAGUGAUGAAGACUGCAAGAGAAGGUACAAGAAUAUUAAAGAUGCCUAUUUAAAAAAUAAACGGGCAAGAAUAAUGAAUACUGGAGCAAGUGCCUCUUCAAAACCCUCAAAAUGGCAUUUAGCACCAUUUUUAAGUUUUUUGGAUACAAUACCACAAGAAAGAAACACAACAUCAAAUAUAUAUGAUACUGAUAAUAAUGAAGAUUCUGGCUCAGACGAAGAGGAAAUAAAUAUCACACAAGAUGAUAUUAUACUGCAGUCAUUACCAGUAACGCAAUGUCCUCAAUCUCCGUCGACUUCAAAAGCACAAAAAUCGACUAAUAAAAGAAAAAAUUUAAAUGUCACUGAAUUAUUAGAAAAAAGAUCCAAAGAAAGAACAGAGCUGAUGACACAACUAAUUGCUAAAAAAAAUACGGAUGAGUACGAUGAUGUUGAUCAUUUUUUCAAAAGUUUAACUCUUAUCUGUCAAAAAGUUGCCACCACACUUAAUUUCACAGGCGAAAUUGAAAAUGUUGACAAUUGUGACUGACUUGGAACUUCAAGCUGCAAAUAAUCAUGCACAUAACGUCCACAUCAUACCUGGCAAUCGCAGAGUAUCAUUACAGUCAAAUAAUUCUACUAGUAGUUCCCCAUAUUCUAACAACUUUACUCCAUACAGUUAUAGUCCACCUUCACUAGAUUCACCAUUAUAUUCAAAUAUUCAACAACAGUUCGGACCAGAAAAUCCAACUACAUUUACGCCUUUCCAGUCAGUUCAAAAUAUGAACAAUGAAUGGAACACCAAUUCUCAAGAAAUUUAACAAUAUAUUUUAAAAUAUUAUCUUAUAAGGUAUUUUGAUUUUUUUUUUAAUUAAUUGUUCAUAAGUCAAUGAAAUAUAUGAUAAGGUAACUAUUUUUAUUUAUUUUGAUCAAUAAAAAAUUGAUUUAUUAUUAACUUUGAUACAAAUUGUAUAUUAAAAUAAAACAACAGUAUUCCACAAAUAAAUUUAUAAAUCUGAGUUCUUAUUUCAUUUUACUUUAUCUGUACCUAUUUGAAA